GAGAGACGUGGGACACAGAGACUUGUCCUGAAUGAGAACGAGCUAGAGGGAGAGAAGGCAGCCGCAGGCUCCAUAAGACCGAGCGAGGAGGGGAGAGAGCUGCAGCCAUGCCCGGGAACGGGAUGGAGCCCAGGGCUCUGAAAUACGAGCAGACUCUGAUGUAUGGACGCUACACCCAGGACCUUGGAGUUUAUGCUAAAGAGGAAGCUGCUCGAAUUCGUAAAGAGAGAGAGCACCGCAAGCCUGGUAGAGAGGACCAGCCAAGGGUGGCAGAGCUAAGGGAAUAUGAUGAGAGUCGCUGUGCCAAAUGUAGAAUUUGUUGUGUACACUCACAGCGGAUUAUACUGUCUCGUAUCGGAGAGGACUGGAUUUUCCUUAUUUUGCUGGGUUUAGUGAUGGCAUUGGUGAGCUGGGUCAUGGAUUUCACAAUUGCUGUGUGUUUGCAAGCUCACAAAUGGAUGUACGGUGGUUUAGAGAGCAAUGUUUUUCUACAGUACUUGGCCUGGGUCACAUAUCCCGUUGUCCUCAUCACUUUCUCUGCAGGAUUCACACAGAUUCUGGCUCCUCAGGCUGUGGGCUCUGGCAUACCAGAAAUGAAGACUAUCUUACGUGGUGUGGUACUCAAGGAAUAUCUAACACUUAAAACAUUUAUUGCCAAAGUCAUUGGACUAACUUGUGCCCUUGGAAGUGGAAUGCCAUUAGGAAAAGAAGGUCCGUUUGUGCAUGUUGCCAGUAUGUGCGCUGCUCUGCUCAGCAAGUUCAUGUCUCUCUUUGGAGGAAUAUACGAGAAUGAGUCACGAAACAUUGAGAUGCUGGCUGCAGCUUGUGCCGUUGGAGUGGGAUGCUGCUUUGCUGCCCCUAUUGGAGGGGUCCUGUUUAGCAUUGAGGUCACCUCCACAUUUUUUGCUGUAAGAAAUUACUGGCGGGGUUUCUUUGCUGCAACCUUUAGUGCUUUUAUAUUUCGAGUCCUUGCUGUGUGGAACAAAGAUGAAGAGACGAUAACUGCAUUGUUUAAAACUCGUUUUCGUCUGGACUUUCCUUUUGACCUUCAAGAACUUCCAGCAUUUGCAGUAAUUGGGAUCGCUAGUGGGUUUGGUGGAGCACUGUUUGUCUACCUCAAUCGCAAGAUUGUAGAGUUCAUGAGGAAACAGAAAGCGAUUAACAAGUUUCUUAUGAAAAAGCGCCUUCUCUUUCCUGCUGUGGUCACUUUACUCAUAUCAACUCUGACUUUCCCACCAGGAUUCGGUCAGUUCAUGGCUGGUCAGCUAACACAAAAAGAGACUUUGGUGACACUAUUUGAUAACUGUACAUGGGCUCAACAAGGGGUCUCUGAGGACUUCAUGUUUAGAAGUGCUUCCAAUGCCUGGAAAAACCCCAGAACCAACGUUUUUGUCAGCCUGGUGGUCUUCAUUCUAAUGAAGUUUUGGAUGUCCGCUCUGGCUACCACUCUUCCAGUUCCAUGUGGAGCAUUCAUGCCAGUAUUUGUAAUUGGUGCUGCGUUUGGCAGGCUAGUUGGUGAGAGCAUGGCAGCUUGGUUCCCAGAUGGUAUUCACAGUGAUGGCAGCACAUAUCGGAUUGUACCUGGUGGCUAUGCAGUUGUAGGUGCUGCAGCGCUUUCAGGAGCUGUCACACAUACAGUGUCUACUGCAGUUAUUGUUUUUGAACUGACUGGACAGAUUUCUCAUAUAUUACCAGUGAUGAUUGCUGUCAUUCUGGCAAAUGCAGUAGCUCAGAGUCUGCAGCCCUCCCUGUAUGACAGUAUUAUUCGCAUUAAAAAGCUGCCUUAUCUUCCAGAGCUGGGCUUUGGGCAUCAAGAGAGGUACAAUGUACGAGUUGAGGACAUUAUGCUAAGAAAUAUUCCCUUUUUAUCAUUAAACACCAAGUACCGUGAACUUCAGGAACUGCUUACAGACUGUCGGUUGAAAAACUUGGCUUUGGUGGAAUCUGCAGAGUCCAUGGUGUUGCUGGGCUCCAUUGACUGCGCUCAGCUGGUAUCUUUGCUGCGGUUUCAGCUCAGCAGAAAACGCCGCCUGCAGCAGCUCAGAGAGAAAGAGAAUGGGGGAAGGAAAGAAACAGAGAACAGUGUGCGGUUUCAGAUAGAAACAGAGGAGUCCACAUUUUGUCCACCUCGAGUAGCGGAAAGUCAGAAACCUCUUAAACCAGCACUGAAACGUAACCAGAGUAGUCUGACGGAACAUUCCCAAGAUGAGUCCGAUCAUUCCGUAGCUGCCUUGAAAAAUAUAUUCUGUGCCAAAGACUUUAGUGAAAACAUGGAGUCUGCCAGGAAUCCUGCAUCUCCCUCAAAGGUUAAGUCCAAACGGAUACGGCUGUGUGCGAAGGGAGAAGACAUGGAUGAGAUAGAUACAAUGACACAAUCACAGAUUUUGGAAUGGGAAGAGCUUCAGCUGGAUGAAACAAUCAGUUUCAACAACUGCAAAAUUGACCCAGCACCAUUCCAAUUGGUGGAAAGAACAUCUCUACAUAAAGCACACACAGUGUUUUCCUUGCUUGGGAUGGACCAUGCUUAUGUCACCUCCAUAGGCAGACUCAUUGGGAUGGUUACAUUGAGAGAGCUUCGCAAAGCUAUUGAAGGCUCAGUGACUGCUAAAGGUGCUAAAGUGCGUCCUCCUUUGGCCAGCUUCAGAGACAGUUUCACAAGUAGUAGUGAGACAGAGACUGCCAAUGUUAAUAAACUGUGGGAAAGAAGCCGUCGGCACCUACUACCUCGUGAAUCCAGUCCCUCUGAUAGUGAUGACAAGUGACCUUAAUCAUAAGUCAUUCAUCAGCCAACAUCCACCUGGAGGAUUCUGCGAUUUUAUAUCAGCACUUCCAUCUGUUUCAUACAGAAAACCCUAAAUGCACAAGCUGAACAUUUGAAUCAUGAGUCUUCCAUUCCAACUCCAGGGGAAAAGCAGGAGUUGGGUUAUUUUUUUAACGCAGCCUUUAAUGGCCUUCCUUCUAGAAGUUCCCUGCACCUUCUUAAUAAUGUGAACAAUGAGCUUGUGAUGAUCACUGGAACUGGGUGCAAUCUGGGACAGGCGUGAUAAUCUACUGACUUGAAAGACUGGACUGCCAUAAAUCAGUAGUCAUACUUUUUAAUUUUCAGUUGUGACAUGUUGUGACAGCUGGACAUAAAGGUUAACGCUGCCACUAAUUUUAUGUGCCAUUAAAAUAAAUUAAUAUUGUGUUUGUACAAUGUUCUAUCUCCUGAGUUUGGCUAUAGAAAACACAUUUAAAAACUGCACUGUGUAAAUUAGACCUUAAAGGAAAACUGUCAUCAGUUUUUACCACACUACCCUGUUGGUACAGGCAGGUAGUACAGGUGACACUGUUAAUAACCUGCUUAUCCUCGAUCCAUGGUCCCAUUCUCCCGUUACCCUUCUCACUCGGGCAGUAGGCUUGGGGCAUGGGCAGAGCUUCCUGACAUCACCACUGCUUCUCUGCUGGGCCCCACUACGAGCAGGCUUGGGGAAGCAGCAGCAGUAAUGUCUGGAAUCUUUGCCCGUUAACAGGACCACAGAUCAGGGACAGGUAAGCAUCAUUAUCAUCAGUGUCACCCACACUACCAGCUGUAGCAACAGGUUAGUACUGUGACACUGAUACCAGUUUUUCAGUUAACCUCCUAGCACCACCAGUAUCUAAUCUACCUCAUUUAUAGACCUGUUGUCACACGCACUAAAUGGUCACUUUAUUAGAGACUUGCCCUUCACGAUUGGAGAUUCCCUUCAUGGGAAUUACACAUGAUCCUGGAGUGCAGUAUAAAACAAAGUGAGUGCAUUUUCUAAGGUUAUUUGUAGUAGGAAUCGACAUUAGAAUAUGAAAAUCAAGUAAUGUCAGAGACUUGAACCAUGGCAUGGUGCUAGACUAUCCAGGGCCAGUAUAUUAAAAACAACCAUGUGAGGUUUUCUCAUGCAGCAGUGUCAAGAGUAUAUCAAGAAAAGUGUGAUCAAGGAAAAGCAUCCAGCAAAAAAGGAUCAUGUGGAUAAACGUUGAUUAAAGGGUCACAAUAGGAUGUCUAGAAUUGUUCUGGUAAACAGGUAGUGCAUAGUCAUCAGACUGCAGCCAAAUACAACUCCAUACUUGGUGCUACAAUGGUAUCUGAAUACACAAUUCCUAGUCAUGAACUAUUACAGUAGAUGACCAGGUUGAGUGCCAGAUCGAUAAGACUCCAGUGGGCAAGAAAGAGCAAAAUUGAAUCACUAAACAAUGGAAAAACAUUGUCUGCUUAGAUUAAUUCAGAUUUCUGUUGCACAAUGCUAAUGGGAAGGUCAGAAUUUGGUGCAAACAGCAACAAUGAACCCAUCCAGUCACAUGACAAUCAUUCAGGCUAGUGAAUUGGAGGUGUAAUAGUGUAGUUAAUGUUUUCUGGGCACACCGUGGGUGCUUUGACACAUAUGGAUUUGACAUGCCAUGAGGGUUGUAUAGUGUUGGAUUGGUUCCUCUAACAUGACAGAGAGUUUUCCUUGCUUCUCUUAUUUUCACAGACUCCAGCUCUUAAUCUUAAAAACCAUUUGGGAGAAGGUAGAAUAGGGCAUGUCAUUACUUCCAUCCAACUUGUAGCAUCUAUGAAGAGGUAUCCUGUCCACUUGGGCCAACCUUCCUGUCGAAUGCUUACUAAAAUUUAUAGUAUGAUGAAUUGCUGCCGUUCUAAAGGUCAAAGGAGGCCCAACAUGCUACCAGAUUUGUGUCUCUCCAAUAAAGUAGCCAAUCAGCUUAGACUAGAGACCAAUGUAGGAUAUCCAUAGGUUGCCUAAUGACUAUGACUCAGCUUUAAGACAAAUUGUGACUGUUGCACACAUUGUAAUGGUGCCAUAGGAGCUGUUUCCAUUGUGAUGGCUCUGAAUGUGAAUAAAGCAAAUAUUUUUAUCUUUCAUAAUAAAAAAAACACUAACGUAAAGUAUUUUAUUUAUUGAUAUGAAAAAUAAGAAAGAAACUGUUGGACAAACGUGGUUAGGACACUCUCAGCUGUAUUGUUUAAACCUAAGGUACUUUUAUGUCAGUAUUUUAAUGAUAUAUUAAUUAUUGCAAUAUUAAUAGCAGUCUGUUGUAAUUGGUGCCACUGUAAUUUAGGGGUAAGGUGUAAUGGGGCAACCUUUUCAAUACACUGUUAGAAAGCCUGUCCCUCCCACACCUUGCUGCUUUAUGAUAUACAGUACCCUGUAAACUGUAACCAGUUAAAGAACAAACUAAAAUAUGCUGGUGG